AUGGGCAAUUCGAGCACAAAGGAGUCUAGACAUGGCGAGGGCCCGGACGGCUUUUCCGAUGACCGCCGAGCUGAUGUCGCAGAAUUCGGAAGAUCCCGCGGCCGCGUCGGCCGCGGCGACUUGGGCGGCUUUUGGAACCUGCAGCCGCCCCGGGACCGAGAUCGUGAUCGCCAGGAUGCGCCAUUUGAGCACCGCGAGACAAGGCAGGAGCGGGAGGCGCGCAAAUUGGAAAAGGAGCGAAUUGCGAGAGCCAAAGAACGCGAGCGAAGCCUCCGCGAAGAACAUGUGGAUGGGGGCUAUUUGGUAACUCUAGGAACCUAUACCGGCACGGAGGACUUCAGCAAGCCCGUCGUUCGACAGCUCCAGUUGGAACGAAAACUCGCCCCGUUCUGGCGUGGGCUGAACGACUGGUCCGAUAGCUGGGCAGAGCACCAGCUCGUAGCCGCCGCUCGGGGACUGCAGAUACCCGCUGCUGAUGCGCCUCCCGACCUCGACUUGAUGCCUCGGCCCGCUCCUCAGACGGAGUCGUCCCAGUCCCAGAGCUUACGGAAUCUGAUGGUCCCCCUUGGUCCUAGAACUCUCUCAGCCGCUUCAGAUCGGAGUGGCUCUGGGCCUGGAUCCAGCCUUCCUUCGCCGACAACUGCAGCCGCUUCAAAGAGCUCAUCCAUCAAGCCCAGGGCCAAGGCUCUUGCGGCGGCUCUUAGUGUGGGUUCCCGAGAUGCGUCAUCCACUGACUUGAGUCCCAAAGAAACUCUUCUGCCACACGACCCAUUUGUCAACGGCCAGCCUAUCGAGGUGUACCUGUACAAGGAUGCAUUGGAGUGCCCCAUCUGCUUCCUGUCGUAUCCUCCCUACCUCAACCGGACGCGGUGCUGCGACCAGCCCAUCUGUAGCGAAUGCUUCGUGCAAAUCAAACGGGCUGACCCUCACUUGCCGGCACAUCACCCGAAUGGUGAAGCCAGAGACCCGAACGAAGGACUUACGCCAGAAGAUCCCCCCGAAAUCCUCAUAUCAGAGCCGUCGGCGUGUCCAUACUGCCAACAACCAGAGUUCGGCGUCACAUACGAACCUCCUCCCUUCCGACGGGGCUUGGCUCACUCGAAUCUGCUCUCAAACCCGCCCUCCUCAACGGCCAUGUCUUCUCAGAGCUCUCUCAACUCCACGCUCUCACCACCGCCGUUCACGCAGCAGCUUGGGAGGCGGCGAACACAUAGCUUGUCGGCCACCGCUCCCAAUGUCAUCACCACAGACCGGGUACGUCCAGAUUGGGCCACAAAGCUGGCGUCUGCACGUGCUCAUCAAGCGCGGCGCGCUGCUGCAGCCACGGCGCUGCAUACCGCCGCCUUCUUGGUGGGCGCGCAAGAAAACAGAUCCAUUCUCCGUCCUGGCCGGUUCGGGAGGAGAAGCACGGGGACCAACACUCCCGGCCACGACCAAGGAGGCCUUUCGAGGGGUGGACAAGAGGCCGAUUCCGCUGAAGGGGAAGCCGUCGACAGGACUGGAGACGGCACUCGCACUCGUCGAACUCGCAUGGAAGAGCUCGAGGACAUGAUGUUUAUGGAAGCAGUUCGUUUGUCCCUGGCUACCGAAGAGGAGCGGAAGCGAAAGGAGGAAAAGGCGCUGCGCAAGGAGGAGAAGAAACGACAGCAGGCGGAGAAGAAGGCCCAGAAGAAGGCUAGCAAAGACCCUUAUGGAGGUAGCGUCAGCGGUGCGAGCGGAAGCAGUCUGUCUCUGGGCCUCGGCCGAAGACGUGGCAAUAGUGGAGCCAGCGGUCUGAGGGUUGAGGCGAUGGCUCAAGGCGCGGCUGCGCAGUCGCCGCCCGUGGACGAGACGCGAGCCACGGAAACGGAAAGUACGGAGGAGGCUGCAGGGAAAGGGAAGGGCGUAGACCGUGGACCACCAGAAUCCUCGGCUGCCUCGCUCCCCAUUCCAGCCGGCCCGCCUCGAGGGCGGUCACACUUGAGGCAGAUGAGUAAUGCUUCUUCGCUCGGCUCAUCUCUAGUCGACACUCCCUCGGAAAGUUACAAGGGGCCAGGACUUGCGGGGCCCGAGGACGGAGGAUGCCGAUCCGAAGCGGAAAGAGAUACUGGCAGCGAGCCCCUCUUCAACUUUCGCAGUUUGGCGGAGCUGGUGGGCGUCAACAUUGACGACGGCUCUGCGCAUUACGUCGGAGGUGGCCCAAAAAACGCGACUUCCGGAAACAAUGCGGAUACGACCAACCGCCCUCUAUCGCAAGUCAAGGAGGACGAGAAGGAAGAAUCGACCAUUCAACACGUGGAGAAGACAGUACCAGAGCGUACGGCGGUUGGUGUGCGGGAGACGCCAGCAGUUUUGCAUGAUGAGUCGACACUGGUCGCUCAAGAUGGCAACGAUGGCCUGUCACCCAAGAUCACCUUCACCCCGGGGACUCCAAUGCCAGAUGACGAUGUAGCAGCGACAGAGGCUAAGCAGCUUGGCCAUGCCAAGAUUACAGAGCACCCGCAAGGAGUUGGGCAGUGA